UGCUGGUUUGACACUCGUUUGAGUGAGCAGUUUGUUGUCAUUAAAUGUUGUUGAAUGUUAUUAGCUAGCUAGCUUUAACAACGGUCAGUAAAGUAUCGAUUUGAUUGAAGACCAAUGGAAAUGCGACGAACAUGUCGACCAUAACUUUUCUGCCGUCACCGCUCGAAUGCUUGCGGUCUCGGUUCCAUACCACCAGCACUGCAGCAGCGUGUGUCUCUUGCGAGCCCCAUUGAAAUGGAAACACCCAGGACCUUGUUAAACAGGAAAUAGACCAGGUCUGUCCAUCAGCCACCCUCUGUCCCCCCUGCGAUCAUGGAGGCCCAAGCAGGGGAGGAGCCAGGCCCAAGUUGUUCGCCUCCUGCAUCGCCUGACUCCGCCCCCAGCCCACAUAGCGAGGCAGUGACCAAUGAGCUGCAAGAGCUGUCGCUGCAGCCCGCCCCCAACCUGCUGCCCCUGAGAGACAGGAAAAACGUGCUCCAGCUCAAACUCCAGCAGAGACGGACCCGUGAGGAGCUGGUCAGUCAGGGGAUCAUGCCACCGCUGAAAAGUCCAGCUGCCUUCCACGAACAGAGACGAAGUUUAGAGCGAGCGCGGACUGAAGACUACCUAAAGAGGAAGAUCCGAAGUCGGCCGGAGAGGUCGGAGCUGGUCAGGAUGCACAUUCUGGAGGAGACGUCGGUGGAACCCUCCCUCCAGGCCAAACAACUGCAGCUGAAGAGGGCCCGUCUGGCUGACGACCUCAACGACAAGAUCUCCCACAGGCCCGGCCCCAUGGAGCUCAUUCACAAGAACAUCCUGCCUGUGCACAGCAGCAUCAAACAGGCCAUCAUAGAGACAGACUUCCCCAAGGUUGCUGGGGAGAUAUCCUCCUUUGAUGAGGACAGUAAUGAUACUGUCUCUCCUGAGCGGCCCAUUGGUCAGGAGUCUCCGCUGGGCCACGGCCCUCUGCCCUCUCCCCCUGACGCCCUAGCUUGCAACAGCACCCCCACACAGUUUCUCACUCAGGUUCCUCCACCACCCCCUCCUCUUCCUCCCUUCCAUGGGCCCUGCCAACCAGUGAAGUUGAGCGAUGGGACAGCAGUUCUGAGAACUGGCCCUGCACUGAUCAAGUCCCAGCCAAAGCCCACCUCAGAGCGCCCCCCUCAGCGAUCCAAGAAGCCCAAGGACAACAAGCCCAAGGUGAGGAAGCUGAAGUACCACCAGUACAUCCCCCCGGACCAGAAGGCCGACCACGAGCCGCCCCCUCAGCUGGACUCCACCUACGCCAAGAUCCUCCACCAGCAGCAGCUCUUCCUCCAGCUGCAGAUCCUCAACCAGCAGCAGCAACACUACAACUACCACACCAUCCUUCCUGCACCACCCAAACCACUAACAGAUCAACCACCUCCCACCAAUGGCCCCUCUCCUUCUCCGGCCGUACCCGCCCCCUCGACAUCCUCCUCCAGUCAAAGUGCACCAAGCCGGCAGAAUGUUACACAUGUGGGAGGGGCCACACCAGGUUCUUUGCCUCCUAACCUGGACGACCUGAAGGUGGCUGAACUGAAGCAUGAGCUCAAACUGCGGAGCUUGCCUGUAUCAGGCACCAAGAAUGACCUCAUCGAGCGGUUGAGGAACUACCAGGCUCAGCAGAACAGUCGUGGUGGUGGUAGUGCAACAACUACAACAGCAGGGGGUGCCACAGGGUCUGGGGCCGGAGCGCCCAAAACCAACCACCCAACACAACAAAAACAACUACUACUACUACAACAACAGCAACUUUCCCAACACCAGGCCCUGUCCUCUGUGGUCCACCAAUCAGGAGAAGCAGGUGUGGUAACCUUGGCAACCUUCCCGUUCAUGACCACUGCUCCACAGCAGAUCAUGCACUUUGGCAGCACUAGCUCCUCCCCGCCAGUCUCUCCUGCCCCCUCGGACCGCUCGCUAGCUGGGAUGAGCCCAGACGAGACGAGCUGUAAUGGAGACUCAUUUGGGGAGAUGGUAAGCUCUCCACUCACCCAGCUAAGCCUCCAUCCCUCCCCCCAGCACCUUGGCACUAUCAAAGAGGAGUUGAGCAGCUCAGCCCCAACAGCCUGCCAGUUCUCCAUGGCUGCUCUGCAGAAACACUUGCAAGUAGCACCCCCGUCUGUGAACAAGGACCAGAUGCUGCAGGAGAAGGACAAGCAGAUCGAGGCGCUGACAUGCAUGCUAAGACAGAAACAGCGGCUGGUGGAGACCCUGCGCGUCCAGCUGGAACAGGGCAAGAGAGGGGGCCGGGACGCCCCCCCAGAACCCCUGGGCCUUGUCAGGGUGAAGGAAGAGCCCCCAGACAUCCCCAGCAUCCCCUCCACAUUUUGCCCCAUUGCCCGCUCACCGACUCCUUCCCAGUGCCACGUGGAGGUCACCAAGAUGACCAUCAAGCAGGAGGUCGGGGAUGUGGAAGAGGCCGUGGAGCCGUCCUUGGAAGCCCCACCUCAGCAGGUGCAGCUGGAGCAGAUCCAGGCGCAGCAGCGGUCGCAGCUCGAGCAGCUGAAGCUACAGCAGUUGCAGCAGAUCAACGCGCUGCAGCUGGCACAGCAGCAGGCCUUGCAGCAGUUGCUCCUACAGCAGAACCAGCAGAAUCUGCAGAAACACCGCUCACAGCAGAGGAAGAAGAAGUCCCACAAGCAACAGCUCAAGCAGCAGCAGCAACAGCUACUGUCCCAACAACAACAGCAGAUACAAUCAAAGAACCAACAGCUGUUACAGUCAAAGCAUCAACAUCAGCAGAUAUUGCAGGCACAACCACAACAACAGCAGCUGAAGUCACAACAGGCGUCUCAGAUGUUCCUCAAUCAGCAGUCGCGCUCCACCACUUCCUUCCCCUUGGAUCUCCUCAAGACACACUCCACACCUACCCUGGUGACAGACAGCAACGGCAACCAUUUCCUCAUCUCACUGACCAAUCACUGUGCCGAGAGCCAAGGGAGUGAAACGCCACAAGGCACUCCACAGGGCAAAGCAUCCAAUCGCAUCAUACUGCAGAGACUGCAGUCAACUCCCACCAAGCUGCCCAGCCAAUCCCCUCUUCAGUUGUCCAGCAGUGACAACCAAUCAAAACCGAAAACUCAACCAGGCCUUGUGAAACAGCCAACCAGAAAGGGACAGAAGGUGGGGCUGCAGGUGUCAACCAAUCACUCCCCAGGGGUCGCGCUCUCCUUCUCUGCCCCGCCAAAUCUCCAGCCUUUCUUCCCCAAUGAUGACUCCUCCCCUUCUGAAAAAGACGCCUCCCCCUCUCCUCCAGCUCAAACGGAGGAUUUGAGUCCCGGUCUUGACCAUGAACCCCUGUUCAGCCCUCCUUCUCCCAAACAAACGCCCUCCCCUAACCCACCGGAUGACAAGGAUAAUGGAUCCACCCAGCAUAUGGACGACCUCUUCGACAUCCUGAUUCAGACAGGAGAAAUCUCAGCCACCUUCAAACCAGCGCCCGACCCUUCCCUGGCGCGAUUGCGCCCCAACACCCCUUCCCCUUCCCGUUCUCAGGCCCCCUCCCCUCUCCAGCUUCAACUCCACUUUUCGCCCCCCCACCCUCCCGAACCCGAGACCCCCAAGCCGAGCCCAGGGGAAGAGGAGACGCAGGCGCCGGCCACCACUGACCAGGACGUAAGCAACACAGGAAGUGGACGUCUGGAGGACUUCCUGGAGAGCACCACGGGCAAACCCCUCCUGGGGGUGGAGCCUGGUGGGCCCCUGACCCUGAUUGAUGACCUUCACAAUCAAAUGCUAAGCACCCCCAGCAUCCUGGACCACACAUCCUCACCCAUGGACACCUAUGAGCUGUCGGGCUACACGGCCAACCCCCCUGGCCUGAGCUUCGGAGACCAUGCCCUGGAUAGCAUGGAUUGGCUGGAUAUCACCAUGGGAGGGGCGAGCAACGAGAUUGCAGGGCUCGCCCCACUGGGUCCCCUGGGCCCCCACACUCCCCCCAGCGUCUUCUCCGCAGACUUUCUGGAUAGUUCAGACCUGCAGCUCCACUGGGACUCCUGCUUAUAACCCUGGACAGUCUUAGUGUCAUCCACACGGAUGGAUGCUGAUGUAACGUUGUCAAACUCUUUCUCUCUUUUCUCAACGUACGGUACAACGACUCAACAACACACAGGCUCUACUGCACUCUGAACUCAGUCCCUCUUACUGAAUAACACUUUGAUAGAUUUCUUAUGUGCAAACCCUUACGUUCUAUAAGGCAGGCCCUCUUACACACGUAGCUUAUACAGUAAUACCUUUGUUAACAAACCCGGUGGACCGUAGUUGAUGAUGCUCCUUCUUCUGAGCCAGUCGGCAGCUUACCGUAGCCACCCAUCUAGACUAUUGUCUAUGUUUAUUAUUGCCCUUAGUAGUAUUAGGAUGGUAAUAGUGUGGAGAUAUUGUAACAGUGUUGAACCAGUAAUGUGAGAACAAGACGAUAAUCACAUCUGUCUAGCAGAUUUAGGGUUAAAAGAACACAACCUACUUAUUUUCACGAGAACUUUAGAGGAGAUGAUCAGGGAAGCCAAGGUGAAGGAGAAGGAGCUGUUUGUUAGCAUGAAUGCAUGCAGGAGUCAGACCGUGGCUCCAGUGUAGCAGUCUGGUGACCGCAACUCUGACUGAGUAGGAGAACUGCAGCAGGAACCCGGUACAGAGGAGAGACACACAGACAGUGAUAUUUGACUAUACUGUAUUUUUGCCCAUAAUAAUGGGGUGUAUUUUGGAAUAUAUUUGAAAAUGCCAGGAAACAUGAUUUCAUGUUUUAGAACACGUGGUCUUACUCUCUUAGCUUUAAUGAUAUUGCUCUCGAACAUUAUGACAGACGUGAUAGGAUUUGAUGUAUUUGAUAAAAAUGAGAACCUGCUUUUUUUAACAGAGGUAUUGCUGCUACGUAGUGUACUUUAUCUCCCUUGGACGUAGGUUCAUUUUCAUAGACGCACAGAACUAUAUGUCAGCCAGUACUUUAGCUGAAGUAAGUUAGGGUUAAGAGAUUGCAAAGAUGGGAAUGUUUGUUUCAUUUGAACCUAUGUAAGCAAUUAAGUAUGCGGAGAUGACGUGUUUCGUGUAUACUGUAGUGUAUACUCCAUCAAUUAUAGUGAUGCCUACUGAACCAGGAGCCGCAUUGGUGAAUCACGAAUGCUGUGUUAUUAUUUUGGGUGCCCCUUAACAUCACAAUUGUAUUAUUAUUAAUAUGUACUGUAUCAGUACCUUUGCCAAACAAUUUUUUGAUAAAGUCCUCCCUAUAAGUUCUUGCUGUGAUAUACCAAUUUAGACACUGAAAAUGUAUUAUAAUGCACAGUACAUGGUUUACUGUGACAAAUUCUGUCAACAGUGUGAACUCUGUAUCCGGAGUUAGAAAACCCAUUUUUGAUUUUUUAUUUUAUUUAACCUUUAUUUAACUAGGCAAGUCAGUUAAAAAUAAAUUCUUAUUUACAAUGACCCUACCCCGGCCAAACCAGGACGACGCUGGGCCAAUUGUGUGCCGCCCUA